AUGAGUCAAAAAAUCCUUAGCGCGAAACAUCGUGGGAAUCUCAAGCACAGUCCAGCACGCUGGCGUUGCACAGCUCCCCUUUCGCAGUGUGCACCACCACAACGUUCCUCCAACACCUGGCGAGGCCUAGCCUCCACUGCCACAGACUCCCCGGCGCUGAGCACCGUUACUGGCACUGCACCUCCACUCCAUCGUCUCGCCAGUCGGGGCAGCAGACUCCAGUUCCAUCGCAGCCGGACCACGCUGCGCAAUCAGGCUACAGCUACAGACGUUGGCGUCCCUCCUCUGCUGCCUUGUCGCAGAGCUGUCCUCCGCUGCUCCGGCCACUCCACACCGCCACAGUCGCACCAAGGCCUAGACCUUCUCUCUGGCUCGUGCCAUCGGAUUUCACACAACAAACUUUUUCCCCCUUAUUUUUCUAAAGAGCACCGGCGAACAGGCCGACUCGAACAGGCUCCGCCAACCGUCCGUCCUCAAGGCACCACCUCCUUGCCGCUCCACCUCUGCUCCGCAGCCAGGGCCACCGCCAACUCCAGCCUAAAGCUGCCCGGCGGGGGCAGGGGCUCAAGGUCUUCUCUCGGUGAAGUCAGCGCCCAGGCUGGCGUCACUACCUUAUUUUCCAAGGCCGCUUCCUCAGGCAAAGGCUUGGGCUUCAGGGCCCCCUGACCCCUGGGCCGGGUCCAGUAGGCCAGUGCAGUAAUUCAUCCCUGGCGGUGAGGUCUCCCACUCCCGGCUCCUCCAGCACUGAAAACACUACAGAACGCAAUUUGCUCCUCCAUGGAAAACGUGCCCAUCUACAGGUGCUGCUUUGGAAAGCAGCAGACCGUCCUGAUCCACCGGCUGUGGAUAUAACCGCGUUUGGAGGGAGUUAGAAGACAG